AAAGAAACAGACACCCACUUUCUGUUUAUGAGCCGCAACAAUAUAAAUAAGAAUUCCAGACAGAGAGACCCAGUUGUGGCGACUCGUCCGGUCGAGACCCUUGUGAUUGGACUGGUGAUAGAGAAACGAAGCCGAGCCAAAGCCUCUCAUUGUUCUCGACCCGAACCGCCACCAAACCAAACCGAAUCAUUCUUCACCAAUCCAACUACGCGUCCCUCUCUUCUUUUCUCCUUGUGGUCCACGAUCUCCUAUUCUAACCCCGGUCCCGGCACGCUUCGACUCAGAUCGACAACAGCGACGACGGCGAGGUUUACGACUUCGUUUCCCUCGCUCACGCAGUUUAUCGCCCUCUGGCCAUGCGACUCUGGUUCGCUGCUGUAAUUUGCCUCUCCAGAGAGGACUCUUUCGUAAUAUUCGCCCAAAAGUCCGCCUUCUAUACAGGUAGUCGUGCUGAAUUCAGCCAUGGUUGCCGAUACGCACGGUCCUAAUCCAAGAGGCGUCCUCUGCAAUGCUGGUGCUGGUGCUGCUGCCGGGGUUAUUGCCGCGACUUUUGUUUGCCCUUUAGAUGUUAUCAAGACCAGGUUUCAAGUUCACGGGCUGCCGCGGCUCGGUAAUGGAAGUAUUAAAGGUAGUCUUAUAGUUGGAAGUUUGGAACAAAUAUUUCAAAAGGAGGGUCUACGUGGGAUGUACCGUGGUCUAUCUCCCACUGUGCUCGCGUUACUUCCUAACUGGGCGGUUUAUUUCACUAUAUAUGAUCAGCUCAAAUCCUUACUUGUCUCUGAUGAUGAGAAUCAUCGUCUUUCAAUUGGUGCUAAUAUGGUAGCUGCUUCUGGUGCUGGAGCUGCAACAACUAUUGCUACAAAUCCACUUUGGGUUGUGAAGACAAGAUUUCAGACUCAAGGAAUGAGACCAGGUGUGGUUCCAUAUAGGGGUACACUUUCUGCUUUGAGGAGAAUAGCCCAUGAGGAAGGCAUCCGGGGACUGUACAGUGGUCUCGUUCCUGCUUUGGCUGGAGUCAGUCAUGUUGCCAUCCAAUUUCCAACAUACGAGAAGAUAAAAUUCUAUUUGGCCAACCGAGAUAAUACCACAAUGGAUAAACUUGGUGCGCGUGAUGUUGCUGUUGCGUCAUCCGUCUCCAAAAUAUUUGCAUCUACGUUGACGUAUCCACAUGAGGUCGUGCGUUCAAGGCUUCAGGAACAAGGCCAUCACUCCAAGAAGAGAUAUUCUGGUGUAACUGAUUGCAUUACAAAGGUAUUUCAGCAAGAGGGCAUCCCUGGAUUUUACCGUGGCUGUGCGGCCAACCUUCUAAGGACUACUCCAGCUGCUGUAAUUACAUUCACCAGCUUUGAAAUGAUUCACCGAUUCCUUGUUAAUUUAUACCCUCCUGAUCCUCAACCUCACACAUUAUGAAGACAGACGAAGCUAGCUUGAGGAAAUAGCGGUUGUAAAGAACUUGCAUUGGUUCAAAUUUCAUGGCAGCUUAAUACAUCAGGCGAACCAUAAUUUCUCCUCUAGGUGAUACGUUUCCUGCAAUUGUUUUUGGUAGCUUUUUACCAACAACUAAAGAUGUCUUAGCCUCUUUUCCUCCUGGAACUUUGUAAACAUUUAUUGUUCCGGGGGAAGUGAGGAUUAUAUCAAUAUACACUGAUGACGAUGAUGAUGAUAAAGGGGUACAAUGUAGACUUAAAAGUUUUUGCCUACGGCCCCAAGGGCUCGAAAUGAAUAGCUUUAUAUAGGCAGGUUGAAAAUAUAUAUCUUAUCUAAGAUAUAUCACUUUUUUCAA